CCGAUUGCCCGCCGCCCACACAAAUUUCACUGCGGAAACCUAUACAAAGCUUGGCGCUUGUCCCCAACGAAUUACCAAGCUCUCUGCCUCUCGUCUUCUUCUCCAAGAAUCCCGCCGCUGCCGCCACCGCUGCUGCUGCGCCGCCAAUGUCGGUCGCGUGCGCGGCCGCCCUCCCGACCGCCUCCGCGCGCCGCCGCCACCGCGGCUCCCCGCAGACCGCCCUCGAAGGUACCGCAUCUUGGUUCAUUUUUUAUUUUUUUCCAUUUUUAUUUGUAUUUUAUUUUACCUUGCGGGCGGCUUUUUUUGAUUUCUUGGUACGAGGAGGAGGCAAGCUGGUGAUGAUGCAGAGGAGGGACCUCGUGACCAAGGGGGUCACCCUCUCCGUCUGCUGCUCUAUGCUCUCCUCCUCCAACAGCUCUGCCCAAGCAUUGGAGAGGUUGCCGUUCAAGGCUGAUGGAUACAACUUCUGGACAUGGAGGGGUCGCCGGAUACAUUACGUCGAGCAAGGCGCUGGCCAGCCCAUCGUGCUCAUCCACGGAUUCGGCGCCUCCGCGUUCCAUUGGAGGUACAAUAUACCAGAGCUGGCCAAGAAGUACAAGGUGUACGCCAUUGACCUGCUCGGAUUCGGCUGGAGCGAGAAGGCGCUGGUGGAGUACGAGGCCACCAUCUGGAUGGAGCAGGUCCGCGACUUCCUCCGGGACGUCGUCAAGGACCCGGCCGUCAUCGUCGGCAACAGCCUCGGCGGCUUCACGACGCUGUUCGCGGCGACCGAGGUGCCGGAGCUGGUCCGUGGCGUCGUGCUGCUCAACUCCGCCGGACAGUUCGGCGACCCCAACCGCCCGCCCGAGGCGGCGGAGGCGGCGGCGGGGGAGGAGAGCGCGGUGACCAGGCUCGUCGUGAGGCCGCUCAAGGAGGCGUUCCAGCGCGUCGUGCUCGGGUUCCUCUUCUGGCAGGCCAAGCAGCCGGCGAGGGUCGAGAAGGUCCUCAAGAGCGUGUACAAGGAUGCGACCAACGUCGACGAAUACCUGAUCGGGUCCAUCACGGCGCCGACGGCGGACCCGAACGCCGGCGAGGUGUACUACAGGCUGAUGUCGCGGUUCAUGGCGAACCAGAGCCGGUACACGCUGGACAGGCUGCUGGGCAAGCUGUCGUGCCCGCUGCUGCUGCUGUGGGGGGACCUCGACCCGUGGGUCGGGCCGGCGAAGGCGGCGCAGAUCAAGAAGUUCUACCAGGACACCACCGUCGUCAACCUCCAGGCCGGCCAUUGCCCCCACGACGAGGCGCCGGAGCAGUUCAACGGGGCGCUGCUCGAGUGGCUCGCCUCCCUCGACGCCGGCAAGCCGGCGGAUCAGCCGGAGCCCGCUCUCCAAUCCGUGUGAUCAACAAUAAACCUGGAAGAGAAACAAUGCGAUGUUCAAGUGUACUCCUAUAAGCUAGUUAAAAAUGAUAAAUAAUUUACUAGUAGUGAUUUUAGUUUAUAGUGAUCUAUGUAUAGUGUUGGGGUGUUUGUUACCUAGCUGACGAACUUUUUUUUUUUUGAGAAAUCCCUCGUUGCCAUGCGA